GUGGGUCCAUCCAUCUAACCGUCCGUCCGUCUAACCCUCCAUCCAUCCGAGGGUCCAUCCGUCUAACCCUCCUUCCGUCUAACCCUCCGUCCGUCCGUGGGUCCAUCCAUCUAACCGUCCGUCCGUCUGCCCUCCCGUCCGCCCCCACGUGCGCCAGGCCACGUGCAGGCGUGCCGGGCUCUGGUCAUCACGGCGAUCGUGCUCGGAUUCUUCGGCACGCUGCUCGCCUUCCUGGGUAUGCGCUGCACCAACAUCGUGAGCAGCGACCCCGCGGUGAAGGGUCGCAUCGUCUUCUCCGCGGGCAUCAUCUACAUCCUGGAAGGGCUGAGCUCCAUCAUCGCGGUGUCGUGGUACGCGGCGCAGGUGGUUGCAGAAUUCUUCGACCCCUUCUACGCCGGCACAAAGUAUGAGCUGGGGCCCGCUUUGUACAUGGGUUGGGCCGGCUCGGGUCUGGCCAUCCUAGGCGGCGGGUUGCUGUGCUGCGUCUGCUGUACUGGGGCCCGGUCUUCUACGCAGAGAGACCACACGUUCAAGUACGCGGCGGCGCGUGCGGCGACCCCGAUCAGCGCUGCCGCCCCACGGACGAUCCUCGAUAUGGAGGGGCAGACGUACGCCCGGCAGGGCUACGUCUAGCAGCCUCCCCCAGAGGGGGGGCGGGGGGGAGGGGGCCGACAUGGUGGCUCCCCCAGAAGGCCGCCCUGCCCUGCCACCCACCACCAACCCCGUCGUCUGGGAGGCCCUGCACCGGCGACUGGGUCGUCGUGAACUUCUCACCCCCCCAGACUUCCCUCGGUGACGCCCGCGCCCCCAACAGUGGCAGCUCCGUGCAAGGAUUGUGGGAGGUUUUACGGUGACCCCGGCCGCCAUUGCAUCACAACCCCGGCCGCCACUGGGUUAGGACGUUGGCCUCUACUGCUUUAUGACCAUGGCCGCCAUUGCAUCACGACCAUGGCCGCCAUUGCGUCACGACGACGUCAACCCGCGGCCAGGACUUUCACGAGGCCGCCCCUGGGCCCCGACGGCAAAAUCUUUGCACAAAGUUUGAAAUCCCGCCGGUGAUGAACAGAGAGUUGGCGGGGGGCGGGGGAAGGGGAGGGGAGUGGCAGCAGCAUGGGCCGGGUGCACGACAGAAGAGACUGUUUUGGAUUCCGCAUUGUUUGCUCGCCGCCCCCACGAAUCGGAGGCGGCGAUCGUCGUCUGUCGCCACACAUUUCCGAUCGUGGGUGCCGAUGUCCUCCGCCGUCGUCCUCGUCGUCCUCGUCGUCCUCGUCGUCCUCGUCGCCGCCAUCGCGGUUGUCCCGCAAGAUGUUUAAUCAUUUCCAUCUGCAACGUAAUCAAGGGAUGUUGCUGCUGCCGCUGCUGCCGUGGUGUCAUGGUUAGCAGAGCGGACUUGCGAUCCACUCACGGGAGUUGGCCACUUCCUCCGUCGUACGAGGCCCCGGGAUCAAUCACACACCGAUACACAUGCAGGCAUGCUUGCUGCUGCUAAUGGUGCUGCGGUGGUGUGAUGGUUAACAACGCUGGGAACUCCGGAGGUCACCCGGUUCGAUUCUGUCUCCCAGCACGGCAGUCGAAACAAUGGCGCAAGCCCCGCACACCAUCACGGCCUCCGUCUCCACCCGGUGAUGUUAAGUGGGUUCACUACGAUUAAGUUAACUUGCGGGUCGCACGCGAUGGGGGGUUAAAAUGUGGGCACUCCUAUCCCUUCCAAGAUGCCAAGCCGGCUUGGAAGAGGAGGCUGAAAUGCUCUUAAAAAAGGGCUGCUUUGAGCAAGCAAUAGCAGAGCUCCACCCGUAUCGUUUUUGUUUGCAUUUGACUGCAAGUAUUGUGAUUAAUGUAAGCAUGAUUCCUUGAAAAAGGUGUCAGUUUUGUUGCCAGAAAAAAGGGGAAAAACCCUAUUAGUAUAUUUUGGUACCGGCAAAGGAGGUCCCAUGAUGCACCUUCUAACACUUAACGGGGGUUGCGGGGGGUGGU